AUGUUACCAACCACUAAAAAAUUGUAUUGCUUUCUUUUAGUCAAUGCAGCGGACAAUAAACAGAGAGCUGAAAAUAUGUCUUGUAUUAAAGUUACAAUUGACCCAGAAAAUAACACAAUCUCUGUGUGGAAUGAUGGGAAAGGAAUCCCUAUCGUUGAGCAUCAAGUAGAAAAAAUGUAUGUGCCAGCUCUUAUUUUUGGACAUCUUUUAACCUCCAGCAACUAUGACGAUGAUGAGAAGAAAGUCACAGGUGGUCGAAAUGGUUAUGGUGCAAAGCUGUGCAAUAUAUUCAGUACCAAAUUUACAGUGGAAACAGCAUGCAAGGAAUAUAAGAAGCUUUUUAAACAGACGUGGACUGUAAAUAUGACUGAGGCAGGAGAGACAAAAUUGAAGCAUUUUGUUGGCGAGGACUUCACACGUGUUACUUUCCAGCCUGACCUGUCCAAAUUUAAAAUGACUGUAUUGGAUAAAGAUACUGUGGCUCUUAUGUCUCGCAGAGCCUAUGAUAUUGCAGGAACAGCUAAAAAUAUCACAGUAUUCUUAAAUGGAAAGAAAUUACCUGUCAAAGGAUUCCGUAGUUACGUAGACAUGUACAUAAAAGAUAAAGUGGACGACACUGGCAAUGCACUGAAAGUAAUCCAUGAAAAAGUUAAUGACCGGUGGGAAGUGUGUCUAACCAUGAGUGAAAGGGGUUUCCAACAAGUUAGUUUUGUCAAUUGCAUUGCAACGACUAAGGGUGGCAGACAUGUAGACUAUGUUGCUGACCAGAUUGUCAAUAAACUCAUAGAUGUAGUAAAGAAAAAAAACAAAGGUGGGGUUGGAGUGAAGCCUUUCCAGGUGAAGAAUCAUAUGUGGGUAUUCAUAAACAGUCUGAUUGAAAAUCCAACGUUUGACUCGCAAACCAAGGAGAAUAUGACUCUUCAAACGAAGAAUUUUGGUUCAACAUGCAAAUUCAGUGAAAAGUUCAUCAAGGGGGCUGUUGGUUGCGGCAUCGUGGAAAACAUUUUGAACUGGAUUAAAUUUAAAGCCCAGACACAACUAAAUCAGAAAUGUUCCGCUGUUAAGCACACUCGAAUUAAAGGCAUUCCUAAACUAGAUGAUGCCAAUGAUGCUGGUAUGCGUUCAAGU